AUGGACGUAGACGUGGACGUGGACGUGGACGUGGACUUCGACUUGGACGUGGACGUGGACGUGCACGUCGACGUCGACGUCGACGUGGACGUGGACGUGGACGUGGACUUGCACAUGGACGUGGACGUAGACGUGGACGUGGACAUGGACGUGGACGUGGACGUAGAAAUGGACGUGGACGUGGACGUCGGCGUGCACAUGCACGUGGACAUGGACGUGGACGUGGACGUGGACGUGGACGUGAACGUGGACGUGGACGAGGACGUGGACGUGGUCGUGGACGUGGACGUAGACAUGGACGUGGACGUGGUCGUGGACAUGGAUGUGGACGUGGAGGACGUGGACGUGGAGGACGUGGACGUGGACGUGGAGGACGAGGACGUGGACGUGGACGUGGACGUGACAGACGUGGACGUGGACGUGGACGUGGACGACCUGGACGUGGACGUGGACGUGGACGUGGACGUGGACGUGGCCGCGGACGCGGACGUGGACGCGGACGCGGACGUGGACGUGGACGCGGACGUGGCCGCGGACGCGGACGUGGACGUGGACGCGGACGUGGACGCGGACGCGGACGUGGACGUGGACGCGGACUUGGACGUGGACGUGGACGGGGACGUGGACGGGGACGUGGACGUGGACGUGGACGUGGACGUGGAUGUGGACGUUGACGUGGACGUGGACGUGGACGUGGACGUGGACGUGGACGUGGAAAUGGACGUGGACGUGGACGUGGAAAUGGACGUGGAGGUGGACGUGGACGGAGACGUGGAGGACGACGUGGACGUGGAGGACGUGGACGUGGACGUGGACGUGGACGUGGACGUGGACGUGGAGGACGUGGACGUGGUCGUGGACGUGGUCGUGGACGUGGACGUGGACGUGGACCUGGACCUGGACGUUGACGUGGACGAGGACGUGGACGUGGAUGUGGAGGACAUGGACGUGGACGUGGACGUGGACGUAGAAGUGGACGUGGACGUGGACGUGGACGUGGACGUGGACCUGGACGUGGAUGUGGACGAGGACGAGGACGUGGACGUGGACGUGGACGUGGACGUGGACGUGAACGUGGACGUGGACGUGGUCGUGGACGUGGUCGUGGAUGUGGACGUGGACGUGGACCUAGACCUGGACGUUGACGUGGACGAGGACAUGGACGUGGACGUGAAGGACAUGGACGUGGACGUGGACGUGGACGUGGACGUAGAAAUGGACGUGGACGUGGACGUGGACGUGGACGUGGACCUGGACCUGGACCUGGACGUUGACGUGUACGUGGACGUGGACAUGGACAUGGACCUGGACGUGGACGUGCACGUGGAGGUGGACGUGGAGGUGGACGUGGACGUGGACCUGGACAUGGACGUGCACGUGGAGGUGGACGUGGACGUGGACCUGGACAUGGACCUGGACGUGGACGUGGAGGACAUGGACGUGGACGUGGACGUGGACGUUGACGUGGACGUGGACGUGGACGUGGACGUGGACGUGGACCUGGACGUGGACGUGGACGUGGACGUGGACGUGGACGAGGACGAGGACGUGGACGUGGACGUGGACGUGGACGUGGACGUGGACGUGGACAUGGACGUGGACGUGGAAGUGGACGUGGACGUGGACGUAGAAAUGGACGUGGACGUGGACGUGGAUGUGGACGUGGACAUGGACGUGGUCCAGGAGCUUGCCUGGUCCAGGAGCGUGCCUGGUCCAGGAGCGUGCCUGGUCCAGGAGCUUGCCUGGUCCAGGAGCGUGCCUGGUCCAGGUGCUUGCCUGGUCCACGAGCUAGCCUCUUCCUAG